CGCCCGCUCGAGUCCAUCGUCCUGCCCGCGGCGACGAAGUCGCGCGUCGUCGGCGACCUGGCCGAGUUCCUGUCCUCGGACACGCGCAAGUUCUACACGCAGCACGGCGUCCCCUACCGCCGGUCCUACCUCUUCUACGGCGUGCCCGGCGCGGGCAAGAGCUCGCUCAUCGCGGGCCUCGCGGGCAAGUUCCAGCGCAACGUCUGCUACCUCCAGCUCUGCGACAAGGAGAUGAGCGACGACGCGUUGAAGACCGCCAUCCAUCGCGUGCCGUCGCGCAGCAUCGUCGUGUUGGAGGACAUCGACGCCAUGUUCCAGAAGAACCGGCAGAAGAAGAACGACACGCCGCUCACGUUCUCCGGUUUGCUCAACGCGCUCGACGGCAUCGGCUCCAACAGCGGCCAGAUCUUCGUGCUCACGACGAACGAGCGCGAGAACCUGGACGAGGCCCUCAUCCGCCACGGCCGCGUCGACGUCCAGGUCGAGUUCCGGUACUGCGUCGCGGAGCAGGCGUCGCUCAUGUUCGAGAACUUCUACCCGGCCGCGGACGCGGGCCUCGCGGGCGACUUCGCGAAAAAGCUCUUCGAGGUCCUCGGGGACCGCCCGCUCUCGACGGCGGCGCUCCAAGGCUUCUUCAUC